CAAUACAACAGGGUUUCUCUACUUUGGAGGAGCUCUUUGCUGAUGAACCAGAAUCUUUUACAAAUGAACCAAGUAAUAAAAAACGUAGGGUACAUCAGAGUUCUUCUACAAGCUCUGAUGCUCAAGAGAUUGAAGGUAGCACAUCAAGAAAUGAAAGGGGAGAAGCAUCCGGGACGUCUCGUCGUCAUGGAGUGCCUUUAAUUCAACAUAGUUUUUUAGAAGAAUUGUUCGAAGAUGAACCGGAUUUAUUUGGAGAUAUACCAGAAUAUGUAAUUGGACGCAGGUCUCAACAGAUUGGUGAGGGAUCUGCUAAUCAAGGAGAAGCAAGCACAUCAACACUAAAUGCAAGAGAAGAUGUAGUAACUAGCGAUAAAAAUGGUACAGAUGGUGAGGGUGAAUCAGAAGGCUCGUUCGAAAUUAAUCGCCGUCGGUUAGACAAUUCAACAGAAGCCACUUUAGGUGGUAGAAGUAAUAAUGAUAGAUCUGACGAUGAUUUGGAAGACGAACAAGAAAAUGAUGGAUUGGAAGAAAGCGAACUGGAAGAAAGUGAAUCUGAAGUGGGAUAUUUUGACAGAGCGCGUGAACCUGUGGGAAAUCAAGAAUCGAAUGGUUCAUCGUCUUCAUUAUCACAAA